UGUACACACUGAAUUAGAACCAGUCUGUGAGUUGAAUUUCUUGGAUUUAACUUAGACCUGCUUUUUCUGGUUAUUGUGAAAAACUUUCACUAAAAAAUGAAGAGAAAUACAGUCAUCCUACCAUCAUACUGUUGGUAUACAAUUCAGCAAAUGUCAAGAGCAAAUGAUCUUGUCGGUGAAAAUUGUCAAAAGAAUUUUGAUCGCUUGCGACCAAAAUUUGAGAUUUUGGAGGCAAAACGCACUAAACAUGUAGCAAAGAAAGAAGCAGAAAAACUUGCAAAAGAGCAAGGAUUUGACCGGAUUGCUGAAGAAGAAAGGCAGUUCGUAGAACAAGAACAACGUGCCCUCAUUGAAAAGAGCAAAUACAAAAUGAUGCAACGAGACAAGGGUGUGGAGAAUUUUAACAGAGAACUCAGUAAGCAAGGGAUAAAAGAAUUCAACAAAGUUUUGGCGGCAUAUCAGCGAGACAAGAGGACAGCUGCAGAAAAACUUGCAAAAGAAAGUGGGGAGAUCAAUUCUUGGAACAACGCUGCUGAUGAACGGAUUAAAAAUGAAGAGAUCAAACGGAAACAGACCACACGGGCUAACGCUGACGAGUACAUUGGCCAGAUGCGUGAACAUAAACAAAUUGCAGAACAGAAACGACUACUUGGACAUGAGGAGACAAGGCAAAUUAUGCUCAAAGAUGCAUACAUAAACCAAAGGGAAAAUGAAGACAGAGAGAAACGGAGGGAAAUGGAAAGGGAUUGCCUUCAGCAAAAUCCUAUUAAGCAAAUACGCUCUAAAAUGGAGCAGUUGGAAAUAUCUCGCAAGGAGGACACAGGGAAUUGGGGGGAUUUUCUCUCGACCACUAGAAAUUCAGAAAAAUAUAAGGCCGACAGAUUAAGAGAGACUCAGAUGAAGAUACAAAACGUGUAUGACAAGCUUGCAGAGAUAAAAAAAGAGGAAAAUUCCAAGUUGGCUUCAAGAGAGAAUAGAAUCAACAAACUCGACAUACAAAGGAGGAUGAAAGAAAAACAGCGAGAGGAGGAAGAACAGGAGAGAAAGGCUACUACGGAAAAAUCUCUUUUGGAAACAAAUACUUAUCUAGCGAGAGAGAAACUAGAGGAGAAACAAACUGACAAAGAGAAAAGCAGAAAAAGGCUUUAUGAAAUGAGGGAGGCUGACAAGUUGUAUGCGGCUGAAGAAGAAAAAAAGUACCAACAAAAACGACAAAUCACCCUCGACUGUUCCGAAUUCAACCUUCGAAUGGCGGCAGAGAAGCGUGCCAAAGAGAGAAAUAAGAAAAACACGGACAUGGCGGAACAGCGGAGUCUUCAUCACAGUUUCACUAAUCCUUCAGACACCAUUAAGGAAUACAUGAAGACUGAAUUGCAGAAGGCUCAAGACAGGGGGCUGGAUGUACAAUACAUCCAAAGCAAAUUUAGGAAACCCAAGCCACCUCCCAAAGUUGGUGAUUCUUGCAGGGUUUUAAACAUUUGUCCCAGUUAUGACACUUGUCCCGGUCUUGUCGCUGGUACCAGUCUUGACACGCGUCCCAGUUUUGAGCCAGACCCAAAAAAUGUCAUCAAACUGCAACAUGCACGUAUAGUCAGGCAUGUCCCAAUGCCAAAAGAUGGUUCUCUACCACCUAUAAAUUCCAAAACUCCCUUCAAUUGAUUAAAGUAUCUAAAGCAGUGGUCUCAAUCUGCAGUCCUCAAGAACCUGAGUCCAGCAGCUUUUAUGUACUCCGUUUCCUUCACACUUGAAUUAAAUGCCAAAACUGCCAUUUAAUUCAUGUAAACCAUGAGCACUUGCAUGUAGUCAGGCUCUACAAAACUCUGCUGAUAUAUUUGUAUAGGAGUUACAUGUGCUGAAUAAGAGAAACUUCUAAAUCCUUCCUAAAACUUCCCCCAAUUGUGCAAUUUAAUCUCAUUUCCUGUCUUCUCAUCUUGUCUUUGUCUUGUCUGUUGGUUCUCUCCGGGUGCUCCGGCUUCUCCUAAAGUUCACAAACAUGACACUUGAUUGAUUUUUUUAAAUGACCCUAUCCCCACAGAUUCUGUUAUGCUAUAAAAUGUGCAUAACAAGUGGGUGGAUAUGAGAAAUCAACUUGUAUACAAAUGGAUAAAAAGUUAAAUUAAUACAGUAAAAAUAACAAAAUCUCCCCACUGUCGAGUAGCUACAUGCUUGCCUCUUUGGGUCUCCAAGUCCAGUUCUCAAAGGCUACUAUCCUGCAAAUUUUAGAUGAAUUUCAGCUUAAAUACACCUGGAUCAAAUACACUGCUCGUCCCCAACCUAAGCCACCGACCAAACCCAAUGAAUCUUGCAAGGUUUUAAAAAUUUGUCUUAAUUAUGGCACUUGUCCUCGUCUUGACGCUGGUACCAGCCUCAAAACUAGUCCCAGUUUCGAGCCAGACCCGGCAAAUGUCAUUAAAGUGCAACAUGAAAGAAUUAUUAGGCACGUCAAAGGGUCAAAGAAUACACCUGAUUCUCAGCCACCUGGGACUCAGACACCAGAGAGAAGUCACAGCAGAUUGCCUUCAAUUCACAGAAGUGUGUGAAACAGAGGGAAAGUGUUGCAAAACACUUGUGUUCGACAAAGUAUGUUUGGGCCGGAUCUGGUCUGGGUCUGGCACUGGUCAGGGUCCAAUUUGGUCUGGUCGGCUCUGGUCUGGGAGUGGUUGGGUCGGAUCUGGUCAGAUCUGGGGUCUGGUUGGAUCUGGGUCUGAAAGGGUCUGGGUCUGGUCAAUUCUUGUCUGUUCUGGUCAGGUUUUGUCUGAUUGCAUCAGGUCUCGUCUACAACUCAGCAUCAGUGAUUCUUGAGAUGCUUGGCUAUAAGAGCAACCAUGAGACCCAAUACCCACCAUGAAAAAGACGGUUAGAGGCUAAAAUCAAGGUAACAAGGAGGGAAGUGAGGCAACUAUCAGAGCUCCACAAGGGUGCAAUGAAA